GUGAUCCCGGAAUAAAGCCUUCCCCUAGUGGCAAUCCUGUAAUUUCGUCUCCCCCAAAUGUUGAGUUGAAUUCCCACUUCUACUGAUUACUGUGUACUCCCCUUUGUAUUUAGCUCAUCUCCCUCCCUCCCAACCCACUCCUCCUUCCCAUUUAACUUGCCCAAUUCUUUUCCCCCUCACCCAAACGCAAAAAACCAAAAGAAAAAGUAAACGAGGGGGGAAAACCCGCCAAAUCCGCUUCCCUUACCUCGGCCGGCCGAUUCGCUCCGUCUCCUUCUGGCUUGGCUUCUCAUCUGAAUUAGUGGAAGCCGCGGCGAGCGACCGAGCUCUUCCUGCCGAUCGAUUACCUUCGAGGCUGCUCCGUCUCCUUCUGUGGUCGAGUACACCAAUUGAGGGGAGACUGGAAAGAAUGACGUCGGGCUCGAGAAUGCCGACGUGGAAGGAGAGGGAGAACAACAAGAGGAGAGAGCGGCGGAGGAGAGCGAUCGCCGCCAAGAUCUACUCCGGGCUAAGGAUGUACGGGAACUACAAGCUUCCGAAGCACUGCGACAACAACGAAGUCCUCAAAGCUCUCUGCAACGAAGCUGGAUGGACCGUUGAAGAAGACGGAACCACUUACAGAAAGGGGUGUAGACCAGUGGAGAGAAUGGACAUACUGGGAGGUUCAACAUCAGCAAGCCCCUGUUCAUCAUACCAGCCUAGUCCAUGCGCAUCCUACAACCCAAGCCCCGCCUCAUCUUCUUUCCCCAGCCCCAUCUCCUCCCACUACACCACCAGCAACCUAGCCAACAACGCCGCCGCCGACGCCAAUUCCCUGAUCCCCUGGCUUAAGAACCUCUCAUCCAGCUCAUCUUCAACCUCGUCCAAGAACAACCACCCUCACAGCCUCUACAUCCACACGGGCUCCAUAAGCGCGCCGGUCACCCCGCCGCUGAGUUCCCCUACAGCCAGAACCCCACGCAAGCACAGCAACAACAACAACAACGACUGGGACGAUCAAUCCGCCGCCGGCCCUUCGUCGUGGGGCGGGCAGAACUACCCCUUCAUGCCUUCUUCGAUGCCAUCAUCUACCCCGCAGAGCCCCGGUCGCCAUGGGAUGCUGCCCGAUUCGGGCUGGCUAGCCGGCAUCCAAAUACCACAAAGCGGGCCAUCGUCCCCGACGUUCAGCCUGGUGGCCCGGAACCCGUUCGGGUUCAAGGACGAGCCAUUGUCCGGUGCUGGGUCGAGAAUGUGGACGCCUGGGCAGAGCGGGACGUGUUCGCCUGCUGUGUUUGAUCAGACCGCGGAUGUUCCCAUGGCGGACAGCUGCAUGGCGGCGGAGUUUGCUUUUGGGAGCAGCAAUGCAGCUGCUAGGUUGGUGAAGCCUUGGGAAGGCGAGAGGAUACACGAGGAGUUGAUAUCUGAUGAUCUUGAGCUUACGCUCGGCAACUCCAAGACUAGCUUUGGUGCAGAUGAAAGGAAGAAACCGAGACUGGUCUCGUCCGAAUGUGUUUCCGGGGAUGCCGGUGGCGUUUCGUCAUCGUCGGCGAAUUCCUGCGAUGAUGGGAAAGGAAGUUUGUGGAUGGGAAGGCGGCAGUUGAGUUAGGAGUGCGUACAGUGAGUAGGAUCUCAGCUGUCUUCCUUUUCCUGUUCUCCAAAGCCAUUCAGUUCCGUUGAUGUUGGUUCGUGUUCAUGCCUUCGUUUUUCACCCCCUUCGUUUCCAUUCUUCAAUUUUUUUGUUGUUGUUGAGAGAAGUAGCUUAUUAUUAUUAUGAAAUUAAUAUACUACAAUACGAUACCUGCUGCAUCGUACGUUCGUGUGACUUCCAAUUUGGUAAUGAGAAGGAAUUGGGUGGAUGUGUGGGGGAGUUUUUUCGUCCAUGUAAUUCAAUCAAGCACAUUACCUUUCUGUCGUAUGUACUUGGUGGGUUUGUUAAUUAUGAGGCAGCAGAGCAUGGGAUGUGAAAGAAAACUAGAAAAGUGUGUGCCAUUAUGGUUUUAGCCAUUGUCCCCGUCAUUCAUAUACAAACAUCAAAAACUGGUAACGACACAGCCAGUGGCCACCGAAUCCACUAGCACUGUACUAAGUUGCACCGAAAGCGAGCAGUAAGUAAGAUUGCAAUGGCGGGGCCUGGCUGCAAUAAUGUCGAUCAUUGCCCCAACUUACCACUAAUCCAACACUGUUGUCGAAGUGGAUGAGAAAAAAGCGCUCCCCGACAGGACAGGACAGGACAAACAUGUUCGUGCAAUAGUGAAAUCGGCGACAGACAAGUUUGCAAACGAUUCUGGAACAUCAUCAUGGUUCCAUUCCCAUUUUUUAGCUGCCCGGGUUUGAUAUUGAUUUGAAUCCGCCAUUGAUAUUCUACUAGCUCCCAAGCCAUCAAUGAAGAACGAGAAGAUUCCCACGAAUGAUAAUAUCCUUUCUAUACAUAAAUCUGUACUGUACAUAUUUGAUUCUGUUUUCCAGUACUGCCGGAUCACUUUCAUGCAUUCUGGAGCAUUUAAGAUUUAAGAAUGGUGGUGGGCAAAUAGUAAACAAGACGGCUUUACAAUCAAAUGAUAUGAUCAUCUGGGGGGAAGAAAGAUAUACAAUUAGAACAUUUUGCAGGAACUGGGCUAUUAUCCCUCUGUUGAGCUCUUCAUUUUCGCUCAUUCGGGCUGCUAUUAGUCGGUGAGCUUCUGAUACAGAUCGUCCAGCGUGCGAUAGAGAAUGGCGGCAGCAGGUGGUCUGGGCAGAGGGCCGAGCAGUAUGUCUGAUGUUGAUAAAGAUUGGCUACCGUAGAACCUGGCAUUCUCUUUCGUCCGUGUGGUAACCAUGCUGCUUUCAAGCGAGCAGCCCACGAAGGCUCCUGCACAGACAGUCAUACGGCAAACAAUCACACUUCUUUAUGAUGUAUGGUUAUAGGCCCGCCAUCACCAUUACAUGGUGCUCGUGAAACCAUGGAACAAACUUGAAGACCAAGAAAAGGAGUUUCCAAUUCAAAGAGACAAUUAAGCAAAAUUCGACGA